AUGGCGAGCUGGCAUUGUGAGAUCCAGCGAAGAUUCUUUCUGGUGCUGGGUGCGUUGCAUGGCUGGGCUUUUUGUUUCCUGUUUCCUGAACGCGUCCUACAACAGCUCCAGCGAGUUCCUCAUCCUGCAGAAUACCACCAUACCGGGCAGGUCAGAGCGUUAGACUUUAAUCCUCUGCAGACUCACCUCUUGUCAUCCGGUGCCAUUAAUGGAGAGGUUUGCAUAUGGGAUCUGAAAGAUUCUAUGAAGCCGUAUGCCCCAACGCCUGGAUCUAGGAGCACAAACUUGGAUGAGAUUACCUCGGUCGCAUGGAAUCAGCAAGUCCCAUAUGUCCUCACUGGGGCGAGCAUGACCGGCUACACCGUUGUCUGGGAUCUCAGAGGGAAGCGCGAGGUCGUUGCUCUGGCGUACGGUGGUGGAGCUGGAAUGCUUGCAGGCCAAGUCAGUGCGACGAAUGGCCUUGCUGUUGGUGGACGAAGAGGGAUGAGCACCAUUGCCUGGCAUCCAGAUAACGCUACGAGACUUGUUACAGCAUCCGAGGACGAUUCUUCUCCCAUCAUCAUGGUCUGGGACCUUCGCAACGCAUGCGUUACUGGCCAUGAGAAGGGUAUCCUGUCGCUGUCUUGGUGCAAGCUACCGAGCACGUCAAACUGGACAUUCCAAGUCGAAUGGUGCCCUCGUAACCCAGACCUCCUUGCUACUGCCUUCUUCGACGGCACCGCCGGCACUCAUUCCAUCCAAUCGAACAACGAGCCCGCCACUACUGCCACACCUGCACCCGCCGACUCAAAGCGGCACCCUUUCACUGAAGCAGCCCCCAAAAUGGCUGAAAUGUCCGGCAUCCAGCUCUUGAGGUUUUGGUGGAAAGCUGGCAUCGGGAAGCACCACAGUGCCAUCAUCCAUCUCCGCAAAGUUGUCACAGAGCAGAACCUGGUUGUAGAGGCUACGAAGUUGAAGACCGCCAUCGAAGGAGAUUCACUGAAGUCAUUUGCGCAGGAGAAGGCAGAUGCGGUGGCUGAUGGACAAGAGGCUUGGAAGGCGCUGCUGAGCCUUUUCCAGGCUGAUUCUCGGGACGAGUUGGUCAUGCUUUUAGGGUUUUCCAAGGCGGAUAUUGCAGCUCGUGUUGUGGAGGCAGUGGAGAAGCUCAAGGUCAUGAAGCAAUCGUCGGAGGAAGAGGUUGAGGCUGAGGAAGAUGAUGGCGAGCUGAAGACUCACGAACCCAUGGUCUCGUUCGCUGAAGAGCAUACAUUCCAUGUUGCUACCGACGACGAUCCUUUUGGUGGGGCUGUUGAAAAGACCCCCUCAGAAAUCAGCGCCGACGCUACCUCUGAUGGUAACCGGCUGACUGAUAUUGAGUCUACUACGACGGCGCUUUCUCUAUUUGGGGAUGAUGGACCCAGAAUGCCUCAGCGAGAUGUUGCAGGCGCAGACUUUUUCAGCAGCAUCGGCCUCUCAGGAGAGAGCAUACCUCCCAUCGACGUUCCUCAUACAGACUAUGGAAUCGACUCGUCGGUUGCUAUGACCAUCGGUUCUGGACCUUCAUCGGUGACGUCUGAGACGUCGAAGAGCAAUACCUUCAAGAUCUAUCCUGCAGACAAGUCUGAGACUGAUCGUCUGGUCACCAAGGCACUCGUUCUUGGAGACUUUGACUCUGCAGUGUUGUUGUGUCUCUUCGGACCGAUUCACAGAUGCUAUCCUCCUCGCACCGAAGGGAGGACCGGAGCUCUUACAGCAGACCCAAAAGACCAGGAGAUCUUUGUGGUUAUCUGCACGUUUGCGAGCAAGGAGGAGUUCCCCAGCCUUACUGAGCAGCUUGGCCGGAGACUGGAGUUCCAGUUCGCAGUGUCCAAUGCGUCAGGAUCCUGCGCAGGUUUCUCAGUUCUGCAAAGGAUUGCUAGUAUUUGGUUGGAAGAGAUGGCUGAGCAAGAGUCGGUGCUGUUGGUGGAUGCAAAGCAUCAGGAAGACUCGUAUUAUACAGAUCAUGCACAGGCACUGCAGUCCUUCAUCGAGAAGGUUACGGUCUUCCGGUCGGCUACGAAGUAUGUCAACAGUGACCUCCAGCAGAAAUCGGAUAUCAAGACGUUCAAGCUUGCUAAUCUGUAUGACCGGUACUUUGAAUACGCAGCGCUUCUUGCUUCACAGGGUCUGGCAGAGGAGGCGACAGUGUUUUUGAAGCUGAUGCCUAGUGAUUAUAAAGGGCCUGGUUAUGAAACUAAUACGAAGUUGAAGGCAGUCAUCGAAGGAGACUCAAUGAAGUCAUUUGCGCAGGAGAAGGAAGAUGCGGCGCUUGAAGAGCGAGAGGCUCAGAAGGUGCUGCCAGGUCCGGAUUCUCGAGAUGAGCGGGGAGCUUUCAAGGCAGAUAUUGCAGCGCGCAUUGCGCUGCGGUUGGAGAUUAUAUAG